AUGGGCACCAGACUACCGCCCAAUCUCAAAACAUGGCAAAUAUUGUUAUUUACACUACUUUCCACAUUUGUACAAUGCAAACCACCAUCUUAUGCACAUUUAUCAACGCUUCAACUACUGCGCGAACUGCGCCCAAUACAACCACCACAUUGUUCUAGAGCACUUAUUACACAGGCUAAUAGCUCGUUUUGUAAGUUUUUUUUAAGUUGAAACAAAGUGUCUGAGAUGUUUUCAGGGUUUUUAACGUUUAGACGGAAUGCCACAAAAAAUAUUGAUUUUUUAAAUGAUAUAAAAGGUCAUAAUUUUUUAGUUUUUGAAUUUAAAAUGCUUUUUCAUCAAAAUAUCACAAGAUUUAUUGAUUUUUUGAAGUUUGUACGAAAUGUAACAAAAAUUAUUGAUUUUUAGACGAAGUGUCAUAAAAAAUAUUGAUUUUACAAAAAUAGUUUAAAAGUUGCAAUUUUGUAUCUUGUGACUGUAAAAGAUUUUUAUUAAGCGAAAUAUCACAAAUUUUAUUGAUUUUUUUAAACUUUUUAACGAAAUGCCACAAAAACUAUUGAUUUUCUUUUCUUUCAGUGCAUGGCAAAUCCACCAACUCAACACGAGUAAAACUGGGCUUAUCAGUUGGCCAAUCUAUUUGUUUUCGAAAAGUCGACUCAAAGAACAGCACGUUGGGUGACCUGGACGUGAUGCACACAAUCACGUUGGAACGAUUGGAACAGUACCAUCCGAUUACGCAACGGUACCGUUUUGCCAUUCCAGAAUUGGAGACGAAGUGUAUUUGUGAGUGCCGUGCUGAUGCUACAGUAUGCCAGGCGUCGGAUUAUAGUUUUGGUCAAUGUGGAAAUGGCAGGGAUUUGAGUGGGAGGCCGACUGCUUGUUAUCGGACAUUCUUUUCCGAUCAACCUAAUGUCGGGUGUCCUGAAGGUAAGAACUUUCUUUACAAAACAAGAAAUGGCAAGAACUUUCUUUACAAAUCAAAUAAUGGCAAGAAUUUUCUUUACAAAACCAAAAAUGGGUAGAACGUUCUUUACAAAACAAAAAAUUGCAAGAACUUUCUUUACAAAACGAAGUAGGCAAGGAUUUUCUUUACAAAGCGAAAAAUUGCAAUACCUUCCUUUACAAAACAAAAAAAUCAUUUUAAGUAUAAAGCCUUAUCACCAUAGUCAUUUCAGGCCACUCCGAAGAGCCCAAGCUUUGUUGUGAGCUCAAGUUCCGACCGUUCCAAGACCGUACCUUCACUGCCGUGAAGCUCGAAGCCCCUACAACGUUCGCCGUGCUCGAGUACGUUGCCUACUUGUGGAACGACAAAGGACGUUGGGAAGAGAUGGACAAACGGAACAUUCGAGUCACCAUGGACUCCGGUACUCAAAUCCAGUUCUUGGACUCGGACCGGUCGUUGGAGAUGGGUGUGAGCUCGAGUGGCCGUUCCUCGAACCAACUGGAUGCUGGCAUGUAUUUCGUAGAGAAUCUGGGCAUGGGUCAGUUCGGGCAGCUACGGAGACAGGCUUUGAACGAGAUCACCGAGCAUAGUUUCGAGAAACUGGGCUGGUUUCGAAUUUCGCCCGAGGGCACGGCCAACAUUCCUGGAGGGUUCGUGUUGAUGGACAAGAUUCAUCGAGCCAAAUCGGAACAUUGUGUCAAUCAACGGUAUCAGAGCAUUUUGGACGCCAACUUCUAUGUGAAUUCAGAAGACAUAGCAUUCAAUUCAAGCUAUAGUAGAGGACUUGGGAAAAGCGGUACUACAAGUGUACCAGUGAACCAAUUGGGACAAAAUGCUAUCAGCAAGACUAGCAAAGAACAGGGAAUAAUUUCUGACAUUAAUCAUGUUUCUGACUCAGCUACACAACUGGCUACAAACUCUAGAAAUCAGGAUUCAGCGCAAAACUCAAACCAAGACACGGCCUUAGUAACAACCGCUUUUUCGCUAGCCGAAAGCCUGGACCGUCAACUAAACUGGAUCAAGUCAGCUACAAUCUUUGGGCACAGCGAACGGCACGUUGUAGUUACCGAGAACGAUGGCGCUUAUCUCGAAAUAAGCCUAAACUCGAAGGAACCAAACACUGUGCUUGACUUCAUUCACAACGCUAGCGUUAUCACCGACUUCUCGGCUCUAAUACUGGUCGAUAAGUUGAGUAACAGCAUGUUGAACAUAAGUGUCUUCAAUUCGACCGGUAUUUUGCACGGAUAUGUGAAACACAUGAGCGAUGAGUAUGGCACAACCAUCGACAGCUUUACGAUUAGAGUGCCGGCUUCACCAGAUGGUGAAGAAAAACAUGUUUUGAUUAGAAUCAAGCCAUAUGAAGCUAAUACGGUAAGUACUAUGAGAUGUUAACAUUGUAAAGAAAGUUCUUGCUAUUUUUUGUUCUGUAAAGAAAGUUCUUGCCAUUUUUUGCUUUGUAAAGAAAGUUCUUGUUAUUUCAUAAUUCGUAAAGAAAGUUGUUGCCAUUUUUUGUUUUGUAAAGAAAGUUGUUGCCAUUUUGUGUUUUGUAAAGAAAGUUGUUGCCAUUUUUUGCUUUGUAAAGAAAGUUCUUGCCAUUUUGUGUUUUGUAAAGAAAGUUGUUGCCAUUUUCCAUAUUAUAACUCAACUUUUUCAGCAACAUACAGUAUGUCUCCGACCAGACGAUGGAGAUGGUACAGAGAUCUGUCGCAACGUCGCGAGUGUUCACUUCGACCUCGAAACCCAGACCGUCCACAACCAAUGGCAAGACACGACCGGAGCCUGUGAAGAGUGCAACAAGUUCACCGUAAACGGCUUUCUACAGUCUUUGAAUCCUGUAGCCUGGAUCAAGGACAUUCAUUCUGUCACGGAUGGCCUAAACUUGGCUGUGAACUUGGGUGCUUUCUUAAUUUGCAUAUUCUUAAUCUACUUUUUAUUGUUCAAGGUAGUCAUUCCGGUUAUCAAUUGUAUUGUGGCACCAUUGGAUUGUAUCACAGAUUGUUUUAAAAACAAAAAACAAAAGAAACGACCGGUCGAGAAGGCCUAA